AUGCCGCUCCAUCUGCUGGGCAAGAAGUCGUGGAACGUCUACAAUGCCGACAACAUCGCGCGCGUCCGCAGAGACGAAGCGGCCGCAAAGGCUGCGGAGGAGGAGGAGGAGCGGCGCAUGCAAGAGGUCGAUGCGCAACGGCGACUGGCGAUCCUGCGCGGCGAAGAGCCUCCCCCUAUAGAAGACGAGCGACAAGACGAACGAGGCGAACAAGGUAGAAAGGCUGAAAGCGGCUCCGCUGGCGCACGAUCAAGAUUCCCCGGUCACGGCAGGAGGAGGAAGCGGCCGGGCGAGGACGAUACCGACUUCGAGCUGCGGCUGGCGCAAGAGAGGAACAGCGCAACAUACUCAGCUAUUGAAUCGAGCCGCAAGCCGACAAGCUCGGCGCCCAUCGUCGACCAUGCGGGACACAUUGACCUCUUUGGCGACGAACGAGCCAGGGCGCACGCACAGAAGAACGACGAAGCGGAAGCAGAAAAGAAGAAGAAAGAGAAGGAAUUCGAAGACCAAUAUACGAUGCGAUUCUCCAAUGCAGCAGGGAGAGACGGAAUCAGCAAGCCCUGGUAUUCGCAGAGCGACGGGAUCGCGCCGGAUGCCUCUUCCAAGGACAUAUGGGGGAACAAGGACCCUAAUCGCCGGGCUCGAGACUCUCAGCGCAUCAUCUCCGACGAUCCAUUGGCGAUGAUGAAGAAGGGCGCGUCGCAGAUCCGCGAGCUGAAGAGGGAGCGCAUGAAGAUACAGGCAGAGAGAGAUGCGGAACUGAAACAGCUGCGCAAAGAAGAGCAUCGCCGCGACAAGCACAGGGAUCGAUAUAGGGAGAGAGAGGAAAGGGAAGACAGAGGGGCCUCGGAGUCGAGGAGGCACCAUUCGAGAGACAAGCGUGAGCGUCGCGAUGACCACCGCGAGAGGAGAAGGCAUAAAGAGGAGGAGAGGAGGAGGCGACAUGACGACUCACGGUCGCGUUCGCGUUCGCCGGACCGGCGACGGCAUCGGCACCGGCGUGACGAGGAAUGA